GUCGUGGAAAGGAGUAUCAAAAUCAGUCUCACGACCGCCGAACAGAUCAUCAAAAAGGACUUUGCUUUAGAUCCCGACGAGAAUCAUAUGUGUGUCGCCGCACACUAUCUGACCAGAAAUCUGACGGCAGGUAUGGCUAUGAUUACGUGCAAAGACCCCCUCUUUGUGUCGAUCACAACGGCGUUAAAGAACGCAUUCCUGAGUCGUUGUCAGGUCUCGAAGGAGUUGAUCGACGCCACGGCCCACACCAUCGCCACCGACAACAUAGACCUCUGCUGUUGUUUCAUACAGAAGACUGCUAUUGAAAAGUCUUUGACAGAAUUGGACCGAAAAAUGAAGAAUGAAUACGAACUGAGACGGGAGGCCAGAGCUCAGGGCAGGCGCUACUGCGACCCAACUGUGCUGACGUACCAGGCCGAGAGAAUGCCGGAAGCCAUUCGCCUGAAGGUGGGUCCCGUCACUCCUCAGCAGAUGAAUGUAUACGAAGAGUUGGGCAAAAAUAUCCCCGGAUUUCAGUCUCCCAUCUCUGAUAAUCCGAAUGUCAUAUCGAACUCGAAUUCAANGGGUCCCGUCACUCCUCAGCAGAUGAAUGUAUACGAAGAGUUGGGCAAAAAUAUCCCCGGAUUUCAGUCUCCCAUCUCUGAUAAUCCGAAUGUCAUAUCGAACUCGAAUUCAAACCAACAAUUGAUUGGCUCAUCGACUGCCGCAUCAUUCAAGCCGCCAUCCAAUAUGACUGCGCUGUCCAACCAGAAUGUGUCCAACAGUUUCGGCGCCCCUUCCGAUGUCGGACCGCCCGUCUCGACCCAAGCGGCCGAUGCGGUGCUCGUCACCAUCUAUGAGAAGCUGAUGACCGAAUUGGAGUCACUUAUGCAUCAAUUCAGUCAAAUCCAGAGCAUGUCAUCCGAAUUGUUUGUCAAUACUAUCCGAUCGAUUGCUGAGAUUCUACUACUGGCGCGACAGAACCCAAGGGAUGUCAUGUGUGCCCUCACGUUAAUACAGAAGGUGUUAGAAGCCAUUCACGAGCUCAUGAUGAAUGUCGACCAGACAGGAGUGGCCGAUAUGCUAGUGAUUGGUCGCGCGCGUGAUCUGUAUCUCGUUAUCCUUAAGGCUCUGUCAGAUCCUCGAGCUUUCACUCAUCAGUGGACCACCAAACAGAUCACUCGCUUAGUAUUGGAGCGACUGUUUAGUUCAUCGACAGGACCGGCACUACCGGACGAAUUGCUGGAGAUCUUAAUCCGGGCCUCACUUAUCAACUUCCAGAUGAUGGACAUUCAUUUGGCGCAACUCAUUGAGAACACCCAAAACCCUGUGGCCCUGGCGUUCACUCUUCAGUUCAUCAAAACAUACGGCCAUAGCUUCAGUGAAACCGAUUUCCCCAACACUAUCGAGAAUCUGCUUCGUCUGAGUAAAGGCGCCGGACAUCCAUUGCUCGUCGAAAUCCAGCAAAUUGUUGACAGUCUUCGGGGGUCGCAGUCGGGAUCCGUUGGCGUCAACAACGACGUGCCCUCGAGUAUGGUCUCAAUGCACGACUCAGUCAACCAGACGCGUCAGUUCGAUGCCGACCCGCCCGGCCUUCUCGAGAAGACUGAACGACUUCUGCGCGAAUGGAUACAACUCUACCACUCGCAGGCGAAUACCAGCAAAAUAUUCCAGUUCUACGUACAACAGAUGAACCUCCAGGGUAUCCUCAAGACUGAUGACUUAAUCACACGAUUCUUCCACUCCCGGCUCGUCCUAAAGGGCAAAAAAGUGGUCAAAAGUGGUCCAAACGAUCACAUAUUCGUGUAUUUCGCAGAUCACGGCGCGCCCGGCCUUAUAGCCUUCCCUAACGGAGAACUAUACGCUAAAGAUCUGAAUAAUGCUCUGAGAAAUAUGGCUCAUCAGAAGAAGUUUAAUAAAAUGGCCGUUUAUAUUGAAGGUAACAUUUAA